AUGGACUCCUUGGCACCACUGACAGCUGAGCUUCGGUCCAUGUCCUCUGAUGAGCCUGCUUUUACAGUGUGCAAGACAGGCGGGUUGCAGAUUGCCUUUGAUUCGGAUUUAGAUGAGGACAGUUUGAUUAUCACAUUGGUUCCAGUAAAAGAGGAACCAAACCAAGAACACCAAAUACAGCCAAGUGCUUCUUCAAUGGCAGAGGUCAAACAGAAGAGGCCUCGGAGAAACAAUAAAGGUCAUCUUCCUCAAAUGAAUGGACAAUUGCAAGCUAGCCCAAAACCUAGACCUAAAAUUCCAGUACUUCCUAUGCCGACCAUUUUGCCUCCAGUUAAUGAGGUACAUCGGGACACUUUGCGGAACUGGUGCCAGCAAGUAAAUUUGAGUACUGAUGGCCAGAAAGUAGAUGUUUAUCUGAGGCUCCAGAAACAUGCUUACCCUGACCAAAAACAGGAUAUUCCAAAUACACCCAAAGAGGCCAAACUGCAGUCAUGCUUGAAGAAACGGAAGACAAAGAAAGCAAAGCUUCAGGAAAGUUCUAAGACAACGGAGACAGAGGAAGUAACGAACAUAGUUGAAGUGAUCUCUUCAGCUCAGGAGGCCAUGCUGGCAUCCUGGGCAAGAAUUUCUUCAAGAGCUCUUCAGCCUAAGGCUGUGAAUUCAUAUCACAUUCCUGCUUCACCCGAGAACUUUUUGCUACAGGGCUCUGGUAAGAUCAACCUUAAAGGGUGA